AUGGGGCAGUUGACGUUGGCAGUGGCUCGCGUCCUGCUUUGUCUCCUCGCGGGUGACCGUGACUGUCAGAAGCAUUGGGACCAAGCAGCACAGGCCUUCCGACUGGAUCGCUUGGACCUGGUGCUUUGGUCCGCUUCGGCUUGGCCGGUCACCGACCUGCUGCGCCCCUUGACCAGGAUGGUAGCACAUGAAGAGAUGGAUGCAGCUUGCCUCGAGGCGGAUCCGAUGAUGGAUUGGCCCUUGGCCUUCCGCGCCGCGCGGAACCUGCCGGACGACGAGCUGCAACACCAGGUGUGGAGGAUGAUCUCCGCAGACGAGGUGUCCAUCCAGGCUUUGCUGUCCAGCAGAUGCCGCGCCGGUGCCCAGUGGGCCACGCUCGUCAAGCUGGGCUUCUGCAUGGAUAUGGCACCCAAUUGCGUCAAAUCGCAUGUCUUUGCGCUGGAGUUCAUCAUGCGCGAGGCGGCCACCGGCGGCGGGCUGCGCCGCUGGAUGGCCGAGGCCGGCGCCUGGCGCUUGUUUGAAGUCCACUAUGGCACGGUGAAGACCCGUGUGAGGCAUCGCUACAACCUGGGACUGGCGCCAGCGGACCUGAGGGCCUUAGGCGUGCUGGGCGAUGGCGCGGUGCGCGGUUGCCUGCUUCCCAGCUUCCCGAGCUCCACCUCGGAGCAGGUGGCGUAUUACCUCAUGGACCCGGAGCCCAACCUGGUGAACGUGGCCUUGAACCGCUGCCGGGCGCUCUGCGGACAGGCCUUCGCCAGGCCUUGGAAGUUCUAUGGCAUCUUGCCCGAGCGGAACGAAGGAGCCUUUCGAGGAAUCCCUUGCGCCUGCAGCGGACUUGACCAUCGAGCAGAGGGGAACUGCACGCCACCCGAAGUGCCGCUCUUCUCCAUGCCGCGCGAAGUCCGUUCCGCUGAGGACGGCCCACAGGCUCUUUUGGGCUCGCACCUCGUCCCGCUCCUGGAUCCCAAGGCGCCGGUCUUUGUGACCAUGGUCUUCGGGAAGAUGUCCAAGUACAUCAAACCCUUCUCCGAGCGGGUCAGGAGCUUGGAGAUCCCGAACGUGGUGGUGUUCGCGUUGGAUGACCGGAGCUCAGCGACCGAAGGGCAGAGAAUGGUGCACCGGUGCAGCGGUGCACGGGUUGGUUUGGAUCAACCUGGCCAGGAAUUGGAAUUCUCCCUUUUCUUCGCGUUUCUUGGACGCCGGAAGAGUGGCGCGCCUUUCGUCUUCAGCCAUCUUCAGCCAUGCGUGCCGCUGGAACGGCUCUGCGCAGCGCCCUUCUUCGGCGAUGGCCAGUACGAGCUCUUCUAUUUCCCCAUCACCGGACUUGGCGAGCCCCUGCGCUUGACCUUCGUGGUGGGUGGCGUCCCCUUCAAGGACACCACGCCCGCCAACGACAGCAGAUUCCAGGAUCGCAAGGCGGCGGUGCACCCCUACGCGCCGGAAGCCACUGGUCUGCCGGUGCUCACCAUCGACGGCAAGGCCUAUGCUCAGAGCCGCGCCAUCUUGCGCUACCUGGGACGGAUUUGCAGUUAUGAAGGAAAUCCACUCUAUCCCUUGGAUCCCAUGGAGCAGUUGGAAUGCGAUGAGAUGAUCGAAGUGGCCGAAGAUCUUCGCCAGCCCUUGCUGGGCAGCUUUGCCAUCCAAGACCAAGCGGAGAAGGAAGCCUUUAGGGCCAAUUUGUUCGCGGAGGAUGGCAAGAUGACCAAGUGGCUGAAGGUCGUCGACCGGAUGCUGGGACAGAAGUUCCCCAGCAAGGUGACCAUCGGCACGAUCUACCUGUGGAGCUUGGUCACCAUGCUUCGGCAGCCCACCUUCCUGGAUGGCGUGCCCGCGGAUGCUUUGGCACCCUAUGGGAACAUCAGCAAGUUGCACCAGUUCAUGUCGCAGGUGCCGCCCAUCUUGGAAUACUUUGCCACCAAGGAGAACCGGGAGAACUAUAAGCCACUCGCCUAA